GAAAAUAAAUAGAAAACCCUCGUCUUACCCACCUUUACGCUUAUCUUGUGCAAGUAAUAUUUUGUAAUAGAUCUUUAGAAUCACCUUCUAAGUCUUAAUUCCCAAUCUAAGACUGUUGUUAGAAUUGUUAGUCAUUUAAUUAGCUGAUGUUCUGGACUAACAAGAAUGAAUCUGUUUGUAUGGGCUCUUUCCAAGAAAUCUUAUUUCUUUUGCUCUUCUUUGGUGGGACUUGCUUGUUGGUUUAUUUUUCUUAUUGUCAUUGGAUUGGAGUGGUUUUUGUGCUUAUUAUUAAUUUAUUCGUAACACUUGUUGAAUUUUGUGGUCACUGUGCAGUUUUUUUUUAAUCUGUUCCUUGUUUUCAUGUUUCUACUUUCUCAUUCUCCAUUGAUUUAGUAGGGAACUACUUCAGAACAUGAGAGGCAAAAGUGGUUUUUGUGUGUGUUGCAAAAUUGUUUAGAAGAAUCAGAGCACUUGGAUUUUGGUUGUCUUAAGAUGCUCUUCUCAAUGUAAAUAAAGCAUUUGGUUUGAUGGGAUUGCUUGUUCUAAACUCUUUGUUGGAGAUUGUUAGCAUUUCUUCAGAUUUUCCAUUUGUGCCUUGGUUGAUGAUGAUGUGUCAAAGGGUACUUCUGGUAUUUUAUCACACAAAACUAAACGGGAGGCCAAAGAGUGUACUUCGGGCGAGUAGGAGCCGGGGCAGGAAAGGAGCUAUCAAUGGUCUUAUUAUCAGAACUUGCAGCAGAGACCACCAAACUCUUGGACUUGUAAAAGGUCUUGUUAGAUAUGGAGACUGAACACGAAAGAAAAGGUGAAAACUUUGAGAUGGAAGGAGGGAUCUUAGAGUCUGAGGAAGGUUUCAGGAAGCAGGCAAUCAUGAGAGAAAUCGUGACAAUCCAAGUGGGAGGUUUUGCUAACUUCAUCGGCUCUCAUUUCUGGAACUUCCAGGAUGAGUUACUUGGGCUGGCUUCUGACCCUGAAGGGGAUUCAGUCUUCAAAAAUCAGUGUCUGAAUAUGGACGUGCUCUACCGCACUGGCGAGACUCAUCAGGGGAUUCUUACAUAUACUCCUCGCCUGGUUUCGGUUGACUUUCAAGGAUCCCUUGGAUCAGUCAGUUCACGUGGUACAUUGUACAAUGAGGCUUCCCCCUCAGAUGUCGUGACAUGGAAGGGUAGUGUUUCCACUCAAGUGUCUGAGCCUCGUAAGAAGAAUCUGUUCUUACAAAGUUUGUAUGAGGAAGAGCAGGAAAACCUCACACUGGUGAAUGCUACCAAGGAUAAGAGGAAUGAUUUUCAAAGAGAAAGUGAGGAUAAGGAUAUAGUUGAAUGCUUAGAUAAUGGUGUCCAAUAUUGGACAGACUUCUCAAAAGUCCACUAUCAUCCUCAGAGUCUCUAUGAAUUAAGUGGAUUAUGGAUGGAUGUUCAGGAAUUUGACAAUUAUGGAAUUGGAAGGGAUACUUCCUCUGGAAGUUUUCGAGAAGGCAUAUGUGAAAGGCUUCGCUUUUUUGUUGGAGAGUGUGACCAUGUCCAGGGUUUUCAAUUUAUUGUUGAUGACUCUGGAGGUUUUUCAGCUGUAGCUGCUGACUUUUUGGAGAAUAUUGCUGAUGAGUACACUAACACUCCAGUGUUGCUCUAUGCUGCCCGCAGUCCCACUUCUUAUACGAAUCUUAGAAGCAGGAAGCAAACAGUGUUCAGGGACCUUCAUGAUUCAGUUUCAUUUUCAAGAUUAGUGCCCUACUGCAAAUUGAUUGUGCCAGUUGGUUUACCCUCCUUGAGUACAAGUAAAGCUACGACAUUCCUUCGUAUUGAAUAUGAGAAGCCUUACCACUGUAGUGCAGUUUAUGCUGCAGGCAGCUCUUAUUUAAUCUGCCCCUCAUACUACGUCUGGAUUUGUAAAAUAUUUAUUUAGGCCAAUGAAGAAAAAAAUAACAAAUAAUGCAUUAUAAAUUGUAAAUUUUUAAUUAGGCUUGCCUUGCCUGUAUAUUUUUAUCAUUCAUAUUUAAAAAACAGUAUUUUAAAUUAAAAAUUGACAAUUUAUUUUUUCCGUUGAUUUUUCUUAGGCAAUUGAGACAUAUUUGUCUUUUCUA